AACCCUGAACAUCAUUUUCUCUUCUAGAACUUAAACGACAUGCCGUUUAUAUCGGAGACGGCGAGUGCAAUAAAGAGCAGGUUCGGUUUCCACAGCCGUUCCGCUUCCUCGGAGACCUUGCCGUCGGUGCGGACAUCUCCUGACCUUUCUGUCAAGUCGGCGGUGAGAGAGAAUCCUUAUGGCCAGUCGCAGACUGCAACGUCUACAGUUCGUAGUAUCGGUGACUUGGAGGACAAUGCCGCCGCCAGCGCUGGUUCAUCUCAGAUCUUCGAGGUUAAUGAAGAUCCAUCUUUCUGGAAAGACCACAACGUUCAGGUAAUUAUAAGGAUUCGUCCUCUCAGUAAUUCUGAAAUAUCAGCACAAGGGCACAGCAAGUGUAUUAGGCAAGAGAGUUGUCAGACAAUUACUUGGACAGGGCAUCCCGAGUCACGUUUUACUUUUGACCUUGUAGCCGAUGAGAAUGUCAGCCAGGAGAAGUUGUUCAAAGUGGCUGGCUUGCCCAUGGUGGAGAAUUGCGUGGCAGGUUACAACAGUUGCAUGUUUGCUUAUGGCCAAACUGGUAGUGGGAAGACUCACACCAUGCUUGGAGAUAUUGAGGGAGGCACCCAAAGACAUAGUGUUAAUUGUGGGAUGACACCAAGAGUCUUUGAACACUCGUUCUUCAGGAUACAGAAGGAAAUUACCGCCCGCAAAGAUGAGAAGUUAAGGUUUAUUUGUAAAUGCUCAUUUUUGGAAAUAUAUAAUGAACAGAUUCUUGAUCUGUUGGAUCCGUCUUCCAGCAACCUGCAGAUACGAGAAGACAUUAAGAAAGGGGUUCAUGUUGAGAAUCUGAAGGAGAUAGAAGUUACAAGUGCUCGGGAGGUGAUUCAGCAACUAAUUCAAGGUGCUGCAAAUAGAAAAGUUGCUGCCACAAAUAUGAACCGUGCCAGUAGUCGUUCUCAUAGUGUUUUUACAUGUGUAAUUGAAAGUAAGUGGGAAUCGCAAGGUGUAACUCACCAUCGGUUUGCUCGGCUUAAUCUUGUUGAUUUAGCGGGCUCUGAAAGGCAGAAAAGUUCUGGUGCUGAAGGAGAACGUCUCAAGGAAGCUACUAAUAUCAACAAGUCUCUUUCGACAUUGGGACUUGUGAUUAUGAACCUUGUAAACGUAUCCAAUGGGAAGUCCCUCCAUGUUCCUUACCGUGAUUCAAAGCUUACAUUUUUGCUUCAGGAUUCACUUGGAGGGAAUUCAAAAACAACGAUAAUUGCAAAUAUCAGUCCAUCCACUUGCUGUUCACUGGAGACACUUAGCACUUUGAAGUUUGCACAACGUGCCAAGUUUAUUAAGAACAAUGCAAUUGUAAAUGAGGAUGCUUUAGGUGAUGUUAUUUCUAUGCGAUUGCAGAUUCAACAGCUCAGGAAAGAAGUAUCUCGUUUACGGGGUCUAGUAAAUGGAGGAGCUGAAAAUCUGGUUAAUGAUACUUCUAUCAUAAGCUUUCCAGGCUCUCCAGGAUCCUUUAAGUGGGAAGGGCUUCAUGGAUCCUUUAGUCCACUUACAUCGGAUAAAAGGAUGUCACAGAAGAAAGACUAUGAGCUUGCACUUGUAGGGGCUUUCAAGAGGGAAAAAGAGAAAGAUAAAGCUUUGCAGGCUUUGGCUGCAGAAAAUCAGGCAGCUAUACGAUUGGCAAAACAAAGAGCGGAUGAGAUACAGGGCCUGAAAAUGAGGUUACGGUUCCGGGAAGCAGGAAUUAAGAGACUAGAGGCAGUUACUUCUGGAAAGAUUUCUGCUGAGACACACUUACUGAAAGAAAAAGAGGAAUAUUUGAAGGAAAUUGAGGUUCUUAGAACUCAGGUUGACCGUAACCAAGAAGUAACCAGAUUUGCUAUGGAGAACCUCCAGCUUAAAGAAGAAAUUAGAAGAUUGAGAUCAUUUUAUGAGGAAGGUGAACGGGAGAUGAUGACUCAACAGAUCUCAGACUUACAGAAUAAGCUGCUAGAAGCACUAGAUUGGAAAUUUAUGCAUGAAUCAGAUUCUUCUAUAGUUAAGAAAGGAAAUUCAGAUGUGGUAACAGAGGUUUGUGCUAAGGAUGAUUUACUGAUCUCUGGCCAGGAACCAGUAAUACCAUGGCGCUCUUCAAUUAAUGAGGAAAAUGAGUUCCUGCGUGUCCAGGCUAUUCAAAAUCAGGCUGAAAUGGAAGCACUCCAAAAAAAGUUAGAGUUCUGCCUCAAGGAAAAAGAGAAAUUGGAAAGGUGA